GAGGAUACAUCACCUGAAAUCAAUAUUCGCUUUGGCUCCGAAUGCCUUCUUCUGGACUCUUGGGCCAUUCAUCACCAAUAUUCUGCGCUGUGCACCAUAAUGGGCCCGGGCAUGACCUCACAGCUGCAGGAAAACGAUUUCAUACGCGAUAUCUUUCAAUUGGGUGCUAAACUCGUCGACGAUGGACACAACAAAACUAAACAGUCCAAAUUGGAGCGCCAUUUAUUAAACGCAGCCGCAUUCAAGGCACGCACAAUAACGCGUGGCAAAAAUCGUGACAAACGCUAUAGUUACAAUUAUUAAAGUAGUUAAGUUGCUAGAGAAAAUAGAGAAAAGUUAAAUUUAAAUUAUGAAAUAAAAAAACAUUUUUGGAGUUCGCAUAGCGAAAACUGCGGAGUGCUGAAGAGGAAUCAAGGAGCAGCAAGCAAACGCAGGAGGAGCUGAGAAACUAACCGGUUGUAUAUAUGCGGAAAAGGAAAAAUCUGUGUCCUAAAGUGCAACAAUAUUGGCAGCCAACUUUUCCUACACUGUUGCAGCUUCUGA